AAACUAUUAUUUGUCUUUCCUGUAGACAAGACAAAACUGAACAUGAAUCCUUCAGCUGCCUAUGAUUUGCUGGUGGACGGUGUCCAGGACUGGGAUCUUACCGGUGACUCUGUUCCUUGUGAGCUGCUGCUCACUGGCGAGACUGCCUUCCCAGUGCUGGUGAACCCCCAGGGGCAGGUCCUGAUCGCUGCCUCACGGUAUGGGAAAGGCCGGAUGGUGGUCGUCUCUCAUGAGAGCUACCUGGGGAGUUCCAAGAUGGCUCGGUUCCUACACAAUGCUGUGGGUUGGCUCAGUGCCUCCCCUGGAGCGGUGGUUGGUGUCCAGAAGAGCUUGAGCUCUCUGGUGAGCAUUCUCAGUAGUUCCGGCACCCAAGUGAAGCCAAGUACAGAGCUUAUUGCCUCAUUUGGAGUUUACUGUAUGGAUGCCUAUGAUGCUGCACAGGGGAGGGAGCUGAUCCAGUUUGUGAAGAGAGGAGGGGGUCUGCUCAUUGGAGGUCAGGCUUGGCACUGGGCCUAUGGACACAAGACAGAGAGAGUGCUGUUCGAUUUCCCUGGGAAUCAUAUAACCAGCGUGGCAGGAGUUUAUUUCACUGAUGUAUAUGGUGAGACGGGGAUCUUCAGCAUCUCAGACAAAGUGCCUGCAAUUCCCUUGAUCGCUCCGCUAGAUUUCAGCAGAGACUUAAACCUUCUCCUAAGAGGUGUGUCAGAGCUAGACAUAGUGACAGAUGGGGUCCCCUCUCACCUGCUGGUCCAUGGCACACUGGCCUUCCCCCUUGGCUUGGACAGCACCUAUCAAUGCUUUCUUGCAGCAGCUCAUUAUGGCCGGGGCCGUGUGGUGGUGGCUACACAUGAGGUCCUUCUUAGCACCCCAAAACUCACAGACUUCAUCCUCAAUGCCAUUCACUGGUUGGGUGCUGAGAAGAGAGGGAAAACUGGCAUCAAUCCCAAUCUGAAGAACCUUCAUGACCUGCUGACUCAAAGACAGAUGGUGUGCGAGAUCUCAGAGCUUACCGACAAUCUCAGCAUCUACUGCUGCCAGUCCUACAGUGACAACGAGGCCAAGAAGAUCCAUGAGUUUGUGGCAGAAGGAGGGGGCCUGCUGAUUGGAGGUCAGGCUUGGUGGUGGGCUUCUGAGAAUGAGGGCCAAAACGUUCUGGCUGAAUAUCCUGGCAACAAAAUCCUCAAUGGAUUCGGGAUCAGCAUUCUGGGGGAAACCAUGGAGGCAGGCAAAUACCCAGCAUUACGACCCGAAGAGCAGCAAGGACAUUAUCACUUCCGCAGGGCACUCACUCAGUUCCAGCAGCACUUAGACAAGAAGGAGGAACUUCAGCCCCCAGUGACAGACUGGCUUCAAAAACUGAGCCGAGAUUGUGCCAAAGUCCUUCAGAUCCCAGUCAAAAAUGGCCACGUCUACGCCUCAUUGUACCAUAUCCUAUAUGAGAUGGUGCAGAGAAAUGGGAUCCCACCAGUGAUCAAGGAACACCCAGUCAAGGGGAACUCCAAGGAGGUUGUGCUGCUUCACGUGGCUACAGCAUUAUGCCAAACUAUAUCCGACUGUGCGAGGCUAGCACUCUGUGAACUCCCCACAGUCCCUAGCACCACUGUGGAAAUCAACUGCACAAACUCAGAAGCCCACUUGACGCUCUUGCAUUCAGAACUUAUUUCCAAAACAGGGAGAGGCCCAGUUCUCCUGCCUCCAGAGAAGUUGUUCCUUUGUUUAGGGAUGUGGAUGUCUCUUAUUUUAUGUGAUGCAGCAUGGAGGAGCACAGGACUUUACCUUCCGCGUGGGAACACCAGUGACCUUUAUAUUUCCUAGCACUGUUACUGGAGUUGGCCUACAGCGUGAAGGUUGGGUGUCACUCAGAUGACUCAGCAGAGCAGAGGAGCUGAAACGCCCCCUGUGGUGUAGACAGAUGUGAAUCAAGAUCAGAAAAUGUCCACUCCUCUCUCUGGGGCUCAUUUACUCAUAGUGCCAAAAGGGAAGCCAGCUGGGGGGAGUGUCGAUUACUGUAAAAGGAGCUGUGGCAGCUCACUUUCUUCAGGUACGGUAAGUGUGCUUGGUAAAUUGUCUGCACAUCUCUUCUUAGCAGUAUUUGCAGCUGUGCUUGACUAUGAUGAUUUGAAGGACACAGAGACGUGCCUCUCUAAUUAUCAUGAUUUGUGGCUUAUCAGUUUAGUAGUUCUUUUAAGGUGUAAUUUGUCUGCCUCCUCUUUCACCACCUGCAGCCACCAACGCUUUAAAUAUGUUCUUGGUUUAAGUCUAGUGCCGUUCUUGAGCAAUAAUCCUCUUUAGUAAUGUAUUGCAUAUUGUUGUGUAUUCCUAACUUCUUCUCUCUGUCAGAGAGAAUAGUGUAUCUCUGCAACUUGAUACCUUAUGUUUUCACCAACAUUAGAGCAGAGACAAGUAGUUAUUUGAUGAGCACCUAAAAUUGCUA